UUCUAUUUUAUCAAGCUUUCGAAAGUACUAUUAUUUCUGAGGGAACGCAAACGCCACACGCUCCUACUCGGCUAACGUUGCUGGCAUCGCCGCUGUUAGCACCGGUUUGACCCUCAGUGGCUGUCGGGAGGUCCAGCUGGCAUCAAAGAGUUCAGGACCAGACUCAUGGCCCUGAAACUGUUUCAGAACCUCGGGCUCCUCACUCAGUUCAGUUUCCACUACUUUGCUAGACCUGUUUGCGUCAGACUCCUUUACACCAGCAGUUUGGGUCGCUCCUCAUGUGUAUCCUGUCUGUGUACGUCAGCUGGCUGCUGCAUCCAGAGACAUGGCUGCAGGAAACUCCAAAUGGACUGUAGGACAAGGAAUGCGACAACCAUCGUCAGGGAGCCCUCCUUUUUAGCCAGCAGCUCUGGACUCCACAGAGACUCUGAACUUCGGUUUCGUCUGACCCAGCUGCACCGACCCUCAGCUGAUGAGGAGCAGGACUUCCAGCGGCAACUGGAGAGCUGCUCUACCUCCCGGCAGGUCUUUAAGCUGCUGCGCUCGGUGGAGAUCCUGUCAGACACCAUGGCUGCAGCCACUCUUCACCGCGUUGCUGACCUGGAACUGGAGGGUUCCGCUUUGAGAGACCCAUCAGUUCUGGAGAAGGACACCAUCCGGGCCCUCUGCUUCCAGUUGGAGCAGGACUCCACACGGCUGACAGAAGCUGGGCUGGUGUCGGCUCUUCUUGCAUGUACCCGUCUGUUUUUGGAUCCCUGGAGCACACUGAUGGUGCGCCUGGUGUCAGAGAGCCAGAACAGGCUGGACAGCGGACAGAUGACGGUAGGAGAACUGUGUACCCUGGGCUGUGCCAUGCUGGCCAUGGAGGGUCCAGGGUCUGUGAUGCUGGAGCAGGCGAUGACACAAAUUCAGAAACAGGAGCCCACCCGGUGGAGUCUUCCAGACCUAAUAGCUGUUUACAGACUCCUGGAAGGGUGUGUUGGUGAAGAUGGGAAAUACAGGGACUUGUUGAACGCCAUGCACACCCAUGCAGUGACGGUCACCUCCAGGAUGGACCCUGCUGCAGUCAGCGGAGUGCUGAGUUCUCUUGUUGCUCUGAACCAAAUGCAGGCCAUGCCUCUUGUGAUCAGCUUGUGUAAGCAAGCUGUGCGACACAUACCUCACUUCAGCGAUCAAGAACUUACCCGUGUACUGGGUGCUCUAAUACACUUCGGCCACAGCGAUCACUACUUUGUGGAGGCGAUGGAAAAGCAUGUCCCUACAAUGGCCUUCACCUACCAUCCGGAGACCGUAUCCAAGGUGACGCAGUUCUUCAGCCGCAGGAACAUCCUGUCCACAACCGUCUUUGAUGCUGUCGCUGAGAGUUUUGUAUACCGAGCAGACAGCUACAGCACCAGCCAGGUAGCUAGGCAGAUCAUGGCCUUUGGGACGCUGGGAUACCUUCCGCCCAACGCCGGCCAGUUGUUCAGGAAAGUGGAAACCAUCCUACACACUCGUUUUUCACAGUUCCAGCCUCGGACGCUGCUCAGCCUGCUCCACGCCUGCACCCUGGUCGAGAGGUUCCCCGUCAAUUUUGUCUCCAAAGUCUUCAGCAGUUAUUUCCUGCAGCAGCUACAAGACCAGGACAUGAGAAUUGAACGGGCGGUUCUGGCCCAGUUGACUCAGCUCUACAUAACCGUGAAGCUGGAGUGUCCCUUCUAUGAGGGUCCUCGGCUCCUUCCAAAGUACCGCGUCAAGUCUUUCCUCAUGUCCAGCCGCUCUCUUGAGACACCAGUGGAUCAGCAGCUGUAUAAUUCUGUGAAAACGGGGCUGGAGGAUUUACUCGGAGAUCGGUCGUUCUUCGGGUCUAAAGUUCUGACGCCGUACUGCUACACUCUGGAUGUGGAGAUAAAGCUGGAUGAGGAGGGAUACGUGCUGCCUGCCAGUCAUACUGAUGAUGUCUACAAAAGGAUAGCUCUUUGUAUUGACGGACAAAAGAGGUUCACUACUAAUGUAAGACAGCUACUUGGAAAGGAGGUCAUCAAGCAGAGGCAUCUGCAGCUGCUGGGCUAUGAAGUCGUGCAGAUUCCUUUUUAUGAGUUUGAAAAACUUCCCAGCAAGAGCAGAGUGGUGGAGUAUCUUCACCAGAAGAUCUUCCCUCAUACAUUCAGGCUGAGCUGGUGAUGAGAAAAGUGCUGAGCAGGGCCUUUUUGUCUUGUUUGUUUAAAACAAAUACAAGUUUAUUUUGGUUAACCGUAUAUAACUGUGACAGAUUUAACUUAUCAUUAAAGUGAUUUUUUUUUUUUUUGUA